ACAUAAAGUUCUAAUGGAUCUCCAGAAUCAGAAACUGAAAGAGUUAAAUGACUGGCUGACAAAAACAGAAGAGAGAACAAGGAAAAUGGAGAAAGAGCCCCUUGGACCUGACCUUGAAGACCUAAAAUGCCAAGUACAACAACAUAAGGUGCUUCAAGAAGAUCUAGAACAGGAACAAGUCAGGGUCAAUUCUUUAACUCACAUGGUGGUGGUAGUAGAUGAAUCCAGUGGAGAUCAUGCAACUGCUGCUUUGGAAGAACAACUUAAGGUACUAGGAGAUCGAUGGGCAAAUAUCUGUAGGUGGACAGAAGAUCGCUGGGUUCUUUUACAAGACAUUCUUCUAAAAUGGCAGCGUUUUACAGAAGAACAGUGCCUUUUUAGUGCGUGGCUUUCAGAAAAAGAAGAUGCAAUGAACAAGAUUCAAACAACUGGUUUUAAGGAUCAAAAUGAAAUGUUAUCAAGUCUUCAAAAAAUGGCUGUUUUAAAAACAGAUCUAGAAAAGAAAAAGCAAACUAUGGACAAACUCAGUUCACUCCACCAAGAUCUUCUUUCAACACUGAAAAAUAAAUCAGUGACACAAAAGAUGGAAGCCUGGAUGGAAAACUUUGCACAGCAUUGGGAUAAUUUAGUCCAAAAACUUGAAAAGAGUUCAGCACAGAUUUCACAGACUGUCACCACCACUCAGCCAUCACUAACACAGACAACUGUAAUGGAAACGGUAACUAUGGUGACCACAAGGGAACAAAUCCUGGUAAAGCACGCCCAAGAGGAACUUCCACCACCACCUCCCCAAAAGAAGAGGCAGAUCAUUGUGGAUUCUGAAAUUAGGAAAAGGUUGGAUGUCGAUAUUACUGAACUUCACAGUUGGAUUACUCGCUCAGAAGCUGUAUUGCAGAGUCCUGAAUUUGCAAUCUAUCGGAAGGAAGGCAACUUCUCAGACCUUAAAGAAAAAGUUAAUGCCAUAGAUCGAGAAAAAGCCGAGAAGUUCAGAAAACUGCAAGAUGCCAGCAGAUCAGCUCAGACCCUGGUGGAACAGAUGGCGAAUGAGGGUGUUAACGCUGACAGCAUCAAACAAGCCUCAGAACAACUGAACAGCCGGUGGAUAGAGUUCUGCCAGUUGCUAAGUGAGAGACUUAACUGGCUGGAGUAUCAGAACAACAUCAUCAUCUUCUAUAAUCAGUUACAACAAUUGGAGCAGAUGACAACUACUGCUGAAAAUUGGUUGAAAACCCAACCCACCACCACAUCAGAGCCAACAGCAAUUAAAAGCCAGUUAAAAAUCUGUAAGGAUGAAGUCAACCGGCUGUCAGCUCUUCAGCCUCAAAUUGAGCGAUUAAAAAUUCAAAGCAUAGCCCUGAAAGAGAAAGGACAAGGGCCAAUGUUCCUGGAUGCAGACUUUGUGGCCUUUACAAAUCAUUUUAACCAAGUCUUUGCUGAUGUGCAGGCCAGAGAGAAAGAGCUACAAACAAUUUUUGACACUUUGCCACCCAUGCGCUAUCAGGAAACAAUGAGUACCAUCCGGACAUGGAUCCAGCAGUCAGAAAACAAACUUGCUAUACCUCAGCUUAGUGUCACUGAAUAUGAAAUCAUGGAGCAGAGACUUGGAGAGUUGAAGGCUUUGCAAAGUUCUCUGCAAGAACAACAAAGUGGCUUAAAUUAUCUCAGCACCACUGUGAAAGAGAUUUCAAAGAAAGCCCCCUCUGAAAUUAGUCAGAAAUACCAAUCAGAAUUUGAAGAGAUUGAAGGACGCUGGAAGAAACUCUCCUCGCAGCUGGUAGAACAUUGCCAAAAGCUAGAAGAGCAAAUGAAUAAACUUCGAAAAAUACAGAAUCACAUAAAAACACUGAAGAAAUGGAUGGCUGAAGUUGAUGUUUUCCUGAAAGAGGAAUGGCCUGCUCUUGGAGAUUCAGAAAUUCUAAAAAAACAGUUGAAACAGUGCAGACUUUUAGUCAAUGAUAUUCAGACGAUCCAGCCCAGUUUAAACAGUGUCAAUGAAGGUGGGCAGAAGAUAAAGUAUGAAGCCGAGCCAGAGUUUGCAUCCAGACUUGACACUGAACUCAAAGAACUUAACACUCAGUGGGAUUACAUGUGCCGUCAGGUCUAUGCCAGAAAAGAAGCCUUAAAAGGAGGUUUGGAUAAAACUGUAAGUCUCCAGAAAGAUCUAUCAGAAAUGCAUGAAUGGAUGACUCAAGCUGAAGAAGAAUACCUAGAGAGAGAUUUUGAAUAUAAAACUCCAGAUGAAUUACAGAGAGCAGUUGAAGAGAUGAAGAGAGCUAAAGAAGAGGCUCAGCAAAAGGAAAUGAAAGUGAAACUCCUUACCGAAACCGUAAAUAGUGUCAUAGCUCAAGCUCCACCUGCAGCACAAGAGGCCUUAAAAAAGGAACUUGACACUCUUACCACCAACUAUCAGUGGCUGUGCACCAGGCUCAAUGGGAAAUGCAAGACUUUGGAAGAAGUUUGGGCAUGUUGGCAUGAGUUAUUGUCAUACUUGGAGAAGGCAAACAAGUGGCUAAAUGAAGUAGAAUCAAAACUUAAAACUACUGAAAAUGUUCCUGGUGGAGCUGAGGAACUCUCUGAGGUGCUAGAAUCUCUUGAGAAUUUGAUGCAACAUUCAGAGGAUAACCCGAAUCAGAUUCGCAUAUUGGCACAGACCCUAACAGAUGGUGGUGUCAUGGAUGAACUGAUCAAUGAGGAACUUGAGACUUUUAAUUCUCGUUGGAGGGAACUACAUGAAGAGGCCGUGAGGAGGCAAAAGUUGCUUGAACAGAGUAUCCAGUCUGCCCAGGAGAUUGAAAAAUCCUUACACUUAAUUCAGGAAUCCCUUGCAUUCAUUGACAAGCAGUUGGCAGCUUAUAUUGCUGAAAAAGUGGAUGCAGCUCAAAUGCCUCAGGAAGCACAGAAAAUCCAGUCAGAAUUGACAAGUCAUGAGAUCAGUUUAGAAGAAAUGAAGAAACAUAACCAAGGAAAGGAGGCUACCCAAAGAGUUCUAUCCCAAAUUGAUGUUGCACAGAAAAAAUUGCAGGAUGUCUCCAUGAAGUUUCGAUUAUUCCAGAAACCAGCCAAUUUUGAACAGCGUCUAGAAGAAAGUAAAAUGAUUUUAGAUGAAGUGAAGAUGCACUUGCCUGCACUGGAAACAAAGAGUGUUGAACAGGAAGUAGUACAGUCACAGUUAAAUCAUUGUGUGAAUUUGUAUAAAAGUCUGAGUGAGGUGAAGUCUGAAGUGGAAAUGGUGAUAAAAACCGGACGUCAAAUUGUACAGAAGAAGCAGACGGAAAACCCCAAAGAGCUUGAUGAAAGAGUGACAGCUUUGAAAUUGCAUUAUAAUGAGCUGGGUGCGAAGGUAACAGAAAGAAAACAGCAGUUGGAGAAAUGCUUGAAGUUGUCCCGUAAGAUGCGGAAGGAAAUGAAUGUCUUGACAGAAUGGCUGGCAGCUACAGAUAUGGAAUUGACAAAGAGAUCAGCAGUUGAAGGAAUGCCUAGUAAUUUGGAUUCUGAAAUUGCCUGGGGAAAGGCUACUCAGAAAGAGAUUGAAAAGCAAAAGCUGCAUUUGAAGAGUGUCACAGAACUAGGAGAGGCUUUGAAAACGGUGUUGGGCAAGAAGGAGACCUUGGUAGAAGAUAAACUGAGUCUUCUGAAUAGUAACUGGAUAGCUGUCACUUCCCGAGCAGAAGAGUGGUUAAAUCUUUUGUUGGAAUACCAGAAACACAUGGAAACCUUUAACCAGAACGUCGAUCAGAUUACAAAGUGGAUUAUUCAGGCUGAUAUACUUUUGGAUGAAUCUGAGAAAAAGAAACCCCAGCAAAAAGAAGACAUACUUAAGCGUUUAAAGGCUGAAAUGAAUGACAUGCGCCCAAAGGUGGACUCCACACGUGAUCAAGCAGCGAACUUGAUGGCAAACCGCGGUGACCACUGCAGGAAAAUAGUAGAACCUAAAAUCUCAGAGCUCAACCAUCGAUUUGCAGCCAUUUCUCACAGAAUUAAGACUGGAAAGGCCUCCAUUCCUUUGAAGGAAUUGGAGCAGUUUAACUCAGAUAUACAAAAAUUGCUUGAACCACUGGAGGCUGAAAUUCAGCAGGGGGUGAAUCUGAAAGAGGAAGACUUCAAUAAAGAUAUGAGUGAAGACAAUGAGGGUACUGUAAAAGAAUUGUUGCAAAGAGGAGACAACUUACAACAAAGAAUCACAGAUGAGAGAAAGCGAGAGGAAAUAAAGAUAAAACAGCAGCUGUUACAGACAAAACAUAAUGCUCUCAAGGAUUUGAGGUCUCAAAGAAGAAAAAAGGCUCUAGAAAUUUCUCAUCAGUGGUAUCAGUACAAGAGGCAGGCUGAUGAUCUCCUGAAAUGCUUGGAUGACAUUGAAAAAAAAUUAGCCAGUCUACCCGAACCCAGAGAUGAAAGGAAAAUAAAGGAAAUUGAUCGUGAAUUGCAGAAGAAGAAAGAGGAGCUGAAUGCAGUGCGUAGGCAAGCUGAGGGCUUGUCUGAGGAUGGGGCCGCAAUGGCAGUGGAGCCAACUCAGAUCCAGCUCAGCAAGCGCUGGAGGGAAAUUGAGAGCAAAUUUGCUCAGUUUCGAAGACUCAACUUUGCACAAAUUCACACUCUCCGUGAAGAAACAAUGGUGGUGAUGACUGAAGACAUGCCUUUGGAAAUUUCUUAUGUGCCUUCUACUUAUCUGACUGAGAUCACUCAUGUCUCACAAGCCCUAUCAGAAGUGGAACAACUUCUCAAUGCGCCUGACCUCUGUGCUAAAGAUUUUGAAGAUCUUUUUAAACAAGAGGAGUCUUUGAAGAAUAUAAAGGACAGUCUGCAACAAAUCUCAGGUCGAAUUGACAUAAUUCACAACAAGAAGACAGCAGCAUUACAAAGUGCCAUGCCAGUGGAAAGGGCAAAACUACAGGAAGCUCUCUCACAGCUGGAUUUCCAAUGGGACAAAGUGAACAGAAUGUACAAGGACCGACAAGGGCAAUUUGACAAAUCUGUUGAAAAAUGGCGGCAUUUUCAUUAUGACAUGAAGAUAUUUAACCAAUGGCUAACGGAAGCUGAACAGUUUUUCAAAAAGACACAAAUUCCUGAGAAUUGGGAACAUGCUAAAUACAAAUGGUAUCUUAAGGAACUCCAGGAUGGCAUUGGGCAGAGGCAAACUGUUGUCAGAACCCUGAAUGCAACUGGAGAAGAAAUAAUUCAACAGUCCUCCAAAACAGAUGCCAGUAUUCUGCAGGAAAAAUUGGGAAGCCUGAAUCUACGGUGGCAGGAGGUCUGCAAACAGCUGGCAGAAAGAAAAAAGAGGCUAGAAGAACAAAAGAAUAUCUUGUCAGAAUUUCAAAGAGAUUUAAAUGAAUUUGUUUUAUGGUUGGGAGAAGGAGAUAGCAUUACUAGUAUUCCACUUGAACUUGGAAAUGAGCAGCAGCUAAAAGAAAAGCUUGAACACGUCAAGUUACUGGUGGAAGAGUUGCCUCUGCGCCAGGGAAUUCUAAAACAAUUAAAUGAAACCGGAGGAACAGCACUUGUAAGUGCUCCCAUAAGCCCAGAAGAGCAAGAUAAACUUGAAAAUAAGCUCAAACAGACAAACCUCCAGUGGAUAAAGGUUUCUAGAGCUUUACCUGAAAAACAAGGAGAACUUGAGGCUCAUAUAAAAGAUCUUGGGCAGCUUGAACAACAGUUGGAUCAUCUGCUUCUAUGGCUGUCUCCUAUUAGGAAUCAGUUGGAAAUUUAUAACCAAACAACUCAAACAAGACCAUUGGACAUUAAGGAAACUGAAGUAGCAGUUCAAGCUAAACAACCAGAUGUGGAGAGGAUUUUGUCUAAAGGGCAGCAUUUGUACAAGGAAAAACCAGCCACUCAGCCAGUGAAGAAGAAGCUGGAAGAUCUGAGCACUGAGUGGGAAGCAGUAAACAAUUUACUUCAAGAGCUGAGGGCAAAAUACCCUGACCUUGUUCCUGGACUGACCCCUAUUGGAGCCUCUCCUAGUCAGACUGUUACUCUAGUGACACAACCUGUGGUUACCAAGGAAACUGCUGUCUCCAAACUAGAAAUGCCAUCUUCAUUGCUGUUGGAAGUUCCUGCUCUGGCAGAUUUCAACCGGGCUUGGACAGAACUUACUGAAUGGCUUUCUCUGCUUGAUCGAGUGAUAAAAUCACAAAGGGUGAUGGUCGGUGAUCUUGAAGACAUCAACGAGAUGAUCAUCAAGCAGAAGGCAACACUGCAGGAUUUGGAACAGAGGCGCCCACAGUUGGAAGAACUCAUAACUGCUGCUCAGAAUUUGAAAAACAAAACCAGCAAUCAAGAAGCUAGAACAAUUAUUACUGAUCGAAUUGAAAGAAUUCAGAAUCAGUGGGAUGAAGUACAGGAACACCUUCAGAAUCGGAGGCAACAAUUGAAUGAAAUGUUAAAGGAUUCAACACAAUGGCUGGAAGCUAAGGAAGAAGCUGAGCAGGUCUUACGACAGGCCAGAGCCAAACUUGAAUCAUGGAAGGAGGGUCCUUAUAUAAUGGAUACAAUCCAAAAGAAAAUCACUGAGACCAAGCAGUUGGCCAAAGACCUCCGUCAAUGGCAGAUAAACAUAGAUGUGGCAAAUGACUUGGCCCUGAAACUUCUCCGGGAUUAUUCUUCAGAUGACACCAGAAAAGUACACAUGAUAACAGAGAACAUCAAUGCAUCUUGGGCAAAUAUUCAUAAAAGAGUGAGUGAACGAGAGGCUGCUUUGGAAGAAACUCACAGAUUACUACAACAGUUCCCCCUGGACCUGGAGAAGUUUCUUGCCUGGCUCACAGAAGCUGAAACAACUGCCAAUGUCCUACAGGAUGCUACCUAUAAGGAGAGACUCCUAGAAGACUCCAAGGGAGUAAGAGAGCUGAUGAAACAAUGGCAAGACCUCCAAGGAGAAAUCGAAGCUCAUACAGAUAUCUAUCACAACCUAGACGAAAAUGGCCAAAAAAUCCUGAGAUCCCUGGAAGGUUCUGAUGAAGCGGCACUGUUACAAAGACGUCUGGAUAACAUGAACUUCAAGUGGAGUGAGCUGCGGAAAAAGUCUCUCAACAUUAGGUCCCAUUUGGAAGCCAGUUCUGACCAAUGGAAGCGUCUGCACCUCUCCCUUCAGGAACUGCUGGUGUGGCUCCAGCUGAAAGAUGAUGAAUUAAGCAGGCAGGCACCUAUUGGAGGCGAUUUUCCAGCAGUUCAGAAGCAGAAUGAUGUACACAGGGCCUUCAAGAGGGAAUUGAAAACUAAAGAACCUGUAAUCAUGAGCACUCUUGAGACUGUACGAAUAUUUCUGACAGAGCAGCCUUUGGAAGGACUAGAGAAACUCUACCAGGAGCCCAGAGAGCUGCCUCCUGAAGAGAGAGCCCAGAAUGUCACUCGGCUACUACGAAAGCAGGCUGAGGAGGUCAACACUGAGUGGGAAAAAUUGAACCUGCACUCUGCUGACUGGCAGAGGAAAAUAGAUGAGGCCCUUGAAAGACUACAGGAACUUCAGGAAGCUACCGAUGAGUUGGAUCUCAAGCUGCGCCAGGCCGAGGUGAUCAAGGGAUCCUGGCAGCCAGUGGGCGAUCUCCUCAUUGACUCUCUCCAAGAUCACCUCGAAAAAGUCAAGGCACUUCGGGGAGAGAUUGCACCUCUAAAAGAGAAUGUAAGCCACGUCAAUGAUCUUGCUCGCCAGUUGACCACAUUGGGCAUUCAGCUCUCACCAUAUAACCUCAGCACUCUGGAAGACCUGAACACCAGAUGGAAACUACUACAGGUGGCCGUGGAGGACCGUGUCAGGCAGCUGCAUGAAGCCCACAGGGACUUUGGCCCAGCAUCCCAGCACUUCCUUUCCACUUCUGUCCAGGGUCCCUGGGAGAGAGCCAUCUCACCAAACAAAGUGCCCUACUAUAUCAACCACGAGACCCAAACAACAUGCUGGGACCAUCCCAAAAUGACAGAGCUCUACCAGUCUUUAGCUGAUCUGAAUAAUGUCAGGUUCUCAGCUUAUAGGACUGCCAUGAAACUCCGAAGACUGCAGAAGGCCCUUUGUUUGGAUCUCUUGAGCUUGUCAGCUGCAUGUGAUGCUUUGGACCAGCACAACCUCAAGCAAAAUGACCAGCCCAUGGAUAUCCUGCAGAUCAUUAAUUGUUUGACCACCAUUUAUGAUCGCCUGGAGCAAGAGCACAACAACUUGGUCAAUGUCCCUCUCUGUGUGGAUAUGUGUCUCAACUGGCUACUGAAUGUUUAUGAUACGGGACGAACCGGGAGGAUCCGGGUCCUGUCUUUUAAAACUGGCAUCAUUUCUCUGUGUAAAGCACAUUUGGAAGACAAGUACAGAUACCUUUUCAAGCAAGUGGCAAGUUCAACAGGAUUUUGUGACCAGCGCAGGCUGGGCCUCCUUCUACAUGAUUCUAUCCAAAUCCCAAGACAGCUGGGUGAAGUUGCAUCCUUUGGGGGCAGUAACAUUGAACCAAGCGUCAGAAGCUGCUUUCAAUUUGCUAAUAAUAAACCAGAGAUUGAAGCAGCCCUCUUCCUAGACUGGAUGAGACUGGAACCCCAGUCCAUGGUGUGGCUGCCCGUCCUGCACAGAGUGGCUGCUGCAGAAACUGCCAAGCACCAGGCCAAGUGUAAUAUCUGCAAGGAGUGUCCCAUCAUUGGAUUCAGGUACAGGAGUCUAAAGCACUUUAAUUAUGACAUCUGCCAAAGCUGCUUUUUUUCUGGUCGAGUUGCAAAAGGCCAUAAAAUGCACUACCCCAUGGUGGAAUAUUGUACUCCGACUACAUCAGGAGAAGAUGUCCGUGACUUUGCCAAGGUACUAAAAAACAAAUUUCGAACCAAAAGGUAUUUUGCGAAGCAUCCCCGAAUGGGCUACCUGCCAGUGCAGACUGUCUUAGAGGGGGACAACAUGGAAACUCCCGUUACUCUGAUCAACUUCUGGCCAGUAGAUUCUGCGCCUGCCUCGUCCCCUCAGCUUUCACACGAUGAUACUCAUUCACGCAUUGAACAUUAUGCUAGCAGGCUAGCAGAAAUGGAAAACAGCAAUGGAUCUUAUCUAAAUGAUAGCAUCUCUCCUAAUGAGAGCAUAGAUGAUGAACAUUUGUUAAUCCAGCAUUACUGCCAAAGUUUGAACCAGGACUCCCCCCUGAGCCAGCCUCGUAGUCCUGCCCAGAUCUUGAUUUCCUUAGAGAGUGAGGAAAGAGGGGAGCUAGAGAGAAUCCUAGCAGAUCUUGAGGAAGAAAACAGGAAUCUGCAAGCAGAAUAUGAUCGUCUAAAGCAACAACAUGAACAUAAAGGCCUGUCCCCACUGCCGUCUCCUCCAGAAAUGAUGCCCACCUCUCCACAGAGUCCUCGGGAUGCUGAGCUCAUUGCUGAGGCCAAGCUACUGCGUCAACACAAAGGCCGCCUGGAAGCCAGGAUGCAAAUCCUGGAAGAUCACAAUAAACAGCUGGAGUCACAGUUACACAGGCUGAGGCAGCUGCUGGAGCAACCCCAGGCAGAGGCCAAGGUGAAUGGUACCACAGUAUCUUCUCCUUCGACCUCUCUACAGAGGUCAGAUAGCAGUCAGCCUAUGCUGCUCCGAGUGGUUGGCAGUCAAACUUCAGAAUCUAUGGGUGAGGAAGAUCUUCUCAGUCCUCCCCAGGACACAAGCACAGGGUUAGAGGAAGUGAUGGAGCAACUCAACAACUCCUUCCCUAGUUCAAGAGGAAGAAAUACCCCUGGAAAACCAAUGAGAGAGGACACAAUGUAGGAAGCCUUUUCCACAUGGCAGAUGAUUUGGGAAGAGCGAUGGAGUCCUUAGUUUCAGUCAUGACAGAUGAAGAAGGGGCAGAAUAAAUGUUUUACAACUCCUGAUUCCCGCAUGGUUUUUAUAAUAUUCAUACAACAAAGAGGAUUAGACAGUAAGAGUUUACAAGAAAUAAAAUCUAUAUUUUUGUGAAGGGUAGUGGUACUAUACUGUAGAUUUCAGUAGUUUCUAAGUCUGUUAUUGUUUUGUUAACAAUGGCAGGUUUUACACGUCUAUGCAAUUGUACAAAAAAGUUAUAAGAAAACUACAUGUAAAAUCUUGAUAGCUAAAUAACUUGCCAUUUCUUUAUAUGGAACGCAUUUUGGGUUGUUUAAAAAUUUAUAACAGUUAUAAAGAAAGAUUGUAAACUAAAGUGUGCUUUAUAAAAAAAAAAGUUGUUUAUAAAAACCCCUAAAAACAAACACAUACACGCGCGCACACACACACACACACACGCACACACAAGACACACACGAACUGAGGCAGCGCAUUGUUUUGCAUUGUUUUAGUGUAAUAUUCAUAUGAGGUUCAUGGCUUUUUUUCUUUCCUUGCAUAUUAAAGAUAGGACUUCUUCUAACACCACCAAAUGACUACUUCACAUUGCUCCUUUGAGUAUUGUUGACUGAGUGGGUCUGGCUGUAGGCUUUCAUUUUAUACAUCUAUAUGUCUAUAAGUAUAUAAAUACUAUAGGUAUAUAGAGAAAGGGAAAGAAUUUCUAUAGACCUUUUAAAUUUCUUCUUCAAAUGUUCCUGCCACUUUCUAAUGGGAAAAAAACUGCUUCUAGUCAUCUGGACUUACCUGCUUGGUCUUGAAUGAAUUUUCCCUGGAGCCUGAAGCUAGGAGGAAACUACCACACUAAAACAUUGUCCAGGACUCCAGAUGUUUCUCAUUUUAAACUUUCCACUGACGACUAGAGUAUUGAA